GGAUAAAAUACAAGUAGAACCAACCCACAUUUUCAUCUAUUUAACCAAACUCCCUUCACAUCUCUCUCUCUCUCUCUCUCUCUCUCUCUCUCUCUCUCUACAACGUCACCACCACCACCCACCGCCAGAUCUUCAAAUCUCACGGCAUCUCAUCUUCAAACCCACCGAUUCAGCAUUUCAGCGCUAUUGAAUUCCCCAAUUCAGCUGCCUGAAACCUCACCUUACAUCCACCGGUGCUCACCUUUUUUCCGGCGGCACGUGGCGGUGGCCCUCCAUUUCUAGGGUUUCAAGAAUUUGACGAGUCUGGUGGUGGUGCGUUUAUUUCUUAACAGAGAGAUUGCGGAUUCUGUGAUUUGUAGCUGGGAUGAAUAUGCUUGAUAUUUUAAUUACUUCAUUCAUUCCACUCUGGCUACAAUCGCUAUUUAUUUAAAUUAGUGCAUAUCAGGGUGAUUAAUUUCAGUUUUGGGACGGUUAACGAUGCAACAAGAUCCGCGCAGAAAGAAUCCCAAAGAGGUUGAAUUCUUCACUGAAUAUGGCGAAUCAAAUCGAUACAAAAUCUUGGAGAUCAUAGGGAAGGGAAGUUAUGGAGUUGUUUGUUCAGCGGUUGACACACACACCGGGGAAAAGGUUGCAAUCAAGAAAAUAACCGACAUUUUUGAGCACGCGUCGGAUGCUAUUCGUAUCUUGCGUGAAAUCAAAUUGUUAAGGCUUUUAAGGCAUCCUGAUAUUGUUGAAAUCAAACGGAUCAUGUUGCCACCGUCGAGACGAGCUUUUAAAGAUAUUUAUGUAGUGUUUGAACUCAUGGAGUCUGAUCUUCAUCAAGUCAUAAAGGCCAAUGAUGACCUGACACAUGAACACCACCGUUUUUUCCUCUAUCAAAUGCUGCGAGCGUUGAAGUAUAUGCACACAGCGAACGUGUUCCAUCGUGAUCUUAAACCGAAGAACAUAUUAGCAAACGCAAAUUGCAAGCUCAAGAUCUGCGAUUUUGGACUCGCAAGGGUUGCAUUUAAUGAUGCCCCGACAGCCGUUCUUUGGACUGAUUAUGUAGCAACAAGAUGGUACAGGGCUCCUGAGCUAUGCGGUUCUUUUUCUUCAAAGUAUACCCCUGCUAUUGAUAUAUGGAGCAUCGGGUGUAUAUUUGCUGAAGUAUUGACUGGAAAACCGCUUUUCCCGGGUAAAAGUGUUGUUCAUCAGUUGGAACUGAUCACCGACCUUCUUGGGACCCCAUCAGCCGACACCAUUUCUGGAGUUCGUAACGACAAGGCAAGAAAAUACUUAAUGGAUAUGCGUAAAAAGCAACCCAUCCCAUUUUCACAAAGGUUCACACAUGUUGACCCAUUGGCACUCAGACUACUGCAGAGGAUGCUAGCAUUUGAUCCAAAGGAACGGCCAACUGCCGAAGAAGCAUUAGCUGAUCCUUACUUCAAGGGGUUGGCUAAGCUCGAGAGGGAGCCUUCUUGCCAGUCGAUCUCAAAAUUGGAAUUUGAGUUCGAGAGGCGUAGGAUUACAAAAGAGGAUAUUCGAGAACUGAUUUUUCGAGAAAUUCUCGAGUACCAUCCUCAGCUUCUUAAAGAUUACAUGGCUGGAAACGAAAGCACCAAUUUUCUCUAUCCAAGUGCCAUUGGUCAAUUUCGUAGACAGUUUGCAUAUUUAGAGGAAAACAGUGGAAAAAUCGGGCCUGUUGUGCCUCCAGAACGGAAGCAUGUUUCCCUCCCGAGGUCCUCGGUAAAUUCAAGUAUGGUAGCUUCUAGACCGCAUCAGACAGUUGUUGCAUUUGACAAUAGAAGAGUGAUAGACAGCGCAAUUACUAGUGGUAGAGUAACAGACGCAUCUGGAAACAUUUACAACGCUUCGACUACUCGAAUGCCUACAGCUAAACCAAGAGUUACAGGUUAUGAAGAAGUGUAUGAACAACGGGUGGUACUGCAAAAUGCAGUAGCACCACCAGUGGCUCUUCCUCCACAAUAUGUAUAUAUGACAAGCAACGGUGGAGAUCAAGCAAAGAGUCACGGGAUAGAAGCGGUCAGGCACCUACACGCACACACGCAUCAGCAUGCGGGUACAACUAAAUUGGCGGGUGGGAUCGUGAUUGACCUUAAUAACGCGUAUUACACCCAACCACAUGCACAUGCUCACCCACAUGUUAUGUCUAAUCAACAGCCUAAUGAGCGGAUAGCAAUAGAUGCAAAGCUUAUGCAAACACAAACGCAGUUUGGUCAUGUGGCGGCUGCGGCUCAUACAGUUGUUCAAAUUGGAUUAUCUUAGACCCAUAUGUUUUUAUGUUUUUUCUUGUAAAUUACGAACUCUGUUUUAGGGUGGAGAAAUGAAAAGAGUGACUUCGUUUUUUG